AUGAUCGCUUCUCGGUUUGGAAACUUCGAGCAUCUACUCGACUGUUUGGUGCUGCCAAGACUAACGGUUUGCUUGCCUAGUCGCCAUGUGGAUAUUUCCCAAUGGAACAUGCCUCGUAAUCUGCAGCUAGCCGAUCCAAAAUUUAACAUAAGUCAAAGAGUCGAUCUAAUUAUCGGAGCGGAAUUAUUCUACACUCUUCUCGAAUCUCAUCAAAUCACAAUCGCUGAUAAUUACCCUCUAUUACAGAAAACACUCUUAGGCUACGUUGUCUCUGGGAAGGCUCACACUCCCACACCUGGUUUGGUGUCGUGCCACUUAGUAACUGACCAAGAUCUAAAUGACCAGCUAGCUCGAAUGUGGGAAGUUGAUGACUUCGAUGUUGGGAAGGCUCUGACCCAGGAGGAAAGGGAAGUGGAACACCACUUCACAAGAAACGUCACAAGGAGCGGAGAUGGUCGCUACACUGUUCGUCUCCCCCUGCGACAAUCCAUGCUGCCGCUGCUUGGUGACUCUUACAGCUCUGCUCUUCACCGCCUUUUGAUGAUCGAGAGACGUUUCGCUAAAAACUCAAGCCUUCGAGAAGAGUACAUCAGGUUUAUGGAUGAAUACGUCAAUUUGGGACAUAUGGAAGUGGUCAUACGCAUCGCGGUCCCGCAGUUCUUCUUGCCGCACCACGCCAUCCAUCGUCCGGAAAGCAGCACCACUAAAACCCGUAUCGUUUUCGACACCAGCAGCAAAGCAACUGGUCAUCUAUCACUAAACGAAGUGUUGCAGACUGGCCCCAUCGUACAGCCCCCACUGAUCUCGACAGUGAUCAAUUUCCGGAUGUCCAAGUUUGUUUUCACGGCUGACGCGGAGAAAAUGUUCCGCCAAGUCUGGAUACACCCGGAAGAUCGGAAGUUUCAGCAUAUCCUCUGGCGCCGAGAUCCUUCGCAACCAGUACAAACAUAUCAGCUCAAAACGGUCACGUACGGGCUCACUAGUUCUCCGUACCAUGCAGCUGCUGUGCUCAACAAACUGGCAGAGGACGAAGGACAGAAAUAUCCUCUUGCGGCACCCGUCGUAAAAGAACGUUUCUACGUUGACGAUGUUUUGGCCGGAGGAGACGAUCCAGGGGAGGUAGCGGAAACUUGUCGACAGUUGCAGGCUCUGUUAGCAAAGGGAGGAUUCACAUUGCGGAAGUGGUGCACAAACGAUUCAAGAGUGUUGCAACACAUCCCUAGCGAGCUGUGGGAAAAUGCUUCGCAAAUCGAAAUCGGUCAGUCCCAUCUUACAAAAACUCUCGGACUGCCUCGGGAUGCCAGCUCAGAUUGCUUCAGAAUAAAAAUUCCUUCGCUGACGGAAUUGAAUGGAGUAACCAAGCGCGUCGUGGUGUCGGAGAUGUCUCAGCUUUUCGACCCACUCGGAUUCCUUGGACCGGUAGUGAUUAACGUCAAAAUGUUCAUUCAGGAGCUAUGGUCGAAGUGUCUAUCUUGGGACGAAGAGUUAUCUGACGAAGACAGCAAUUCGUGGCAGGAUUUUCGUGUGGAAUUACCCAUUCUCGCGAAGCUCACAGUGCCCCGGUGUGUGCUUCCCAAUCAACAACGCGAAUAUCAACUCCAUUGUUUCAGUGAUGCGUCUCAGCGAGGGUAUGGUUCCUGUGUCUAUGUUGUGGGACAAAACGCAAGUGUAGAAAUUGAAAGACACCUUUUGAUCGCCAAGUCACGUGUCGCUCCGUUACGUGGCUUAUCAAUACCGCGCCUAGAGUUAUGUGCUGCGGUUCUCGGAAGUCAGCUGGUACAGAAAUUACGGACCACCGAAUUCGUCGUCGCUAGUGCUACAUUUUGGACAGACUCAACUGUGGUACUACACUGGAUUCGUUCGGUGUCUACAAAAUGGAAGGUGUUCGUCUCCAACAGAAUAGCUGAGGUUCAGGGUCUCACCAGAGGCUCUCAAUGGAGACACGUUCCUACACAUCUAAAUCCAGCGGAUCGUAUUUCACGUGGCGUCCGCCCAACACAAAUACAGGAAGACACAUUGUGGUGGCACGGUCCAAACUUUCUCGCUGGACCGAAGGAGGACUGGCCUGAAAUCUUGCCAAACUCAUCAGACAUCGAUGUUAUCCAGGAACGGCGCCAAAUCAUCGCUUUGACUUCCAUCGUCGUGGAUAAUUCCAUUUUUUAUCGUUACGCCGAGCUGGGACGCUUGCUGAGAAUAUCUGCAUGGUGCAUCCGGUUUGCCGCAAACUGUCGUCGCCAGAAGGAUGAACGUAACUUUGAAAGGAUUACACCACACGAGAUAGAUAGCGCGUUGAAGAUCCUCGUUCGUAAGGCACAGGUAACAGUUUUUCAUCGUGAGAUUAUACAGCUCGAAUUGCAAAGACGUGAUUCCAACUACACGGUCGACCUUGAUAAUAAAUCCCCCCUGAAACAUCUGAAUGUCUUCCUCGACAUCAAUAGUUUACUACGCCUCGAUGGACGUUUGCGGAAUGCGUCAAUCCCCUACGAUUCGAAAUAUCCGAUGAUUCUCCCAGCAGACCAUCGCUUGAGCCUCCUCCUAGCUCGAUCACUGCAUUUGCAAACAGCUCACUCUGGACCUUCAUUGCUGUUAGCAACCAUGCGCCAACGGUUUUGGCCUUUGCGUGGUCGGCAGCUGGUGCGUAAGAUCGUGCGCUAUUGUAUUACCUGCUUCAAGUGUCGCCCACCUAAUAUGCACCAGCAAAUGGCACCGUUACCUGCGGUUAGAGUUGUUCCGUCCCGAGUGUUUUCAAAGGCUGGCCUCGAUUACUGCGGGCCAUUUCUAAUUCGUCCGUUAUAUGGGAGGGGGGCAAACGUGAAAAUGUAUAUCGCGGUUUUCGUUUGCCUGGCCUCGAUACCUCAGUCCGAUGUUUCAGACGUAAAUUUGACGCGUCUCUCUCGAUUACAGGAAAUGCAGAGAUUGAAGCAAGAUUUCUGGAACAAAUGGUCCAGGGAUUAUGUCAGCCAACUUCACCAGCGAUCGAAAUGGAAGACAGCUGUUACCAACGUCCGAAAGGGAGCGCUAGUCUUGCUUAAGCAGGAUGGACUACCACCGUUCAUGUGGAAUCUUGGCCGGGUGGUAGAGACGUACGUCGGUUCCGAUGGGUUUGUACGGGUGGUACUUGUACGAACUGGUCAAGGAACGUACAAGCGAGCCAUCACCGAAGUUCGAGUCCUACCGCUGGAGAACGAAGGAAACCAUGAGCAUCGGGUGUUGGGAGAGGAUAAUGGAGCAUCCCAAACACCACAAUAA